AUGCAUACAGAGGUUACAACUGUGAUUUGUGGGCACAAAGAACUGAAGAAACUUACAGAGCUAAGUGGACAACUUGACACAGUAAAACGUGUAAUAUGUAUGGAUGACGAGAUCCAAUCAAAUGGAACGGCAGUUGAGAGAAACAGUAGUUGGACAAUCACUUCCUUUACUGAUGUGGAGAAACUUGGCCAAGAGAAUCCUGCUGAUGCAGAUUUGCCUCUUUCAGCUGAUAUUGCUGUGAUAAUAAUGUACACAAGUGGGAGUACUGGUUUGCCUAAGGGUGUGAUGAUGACACAUGGCAAUGUUUUAGCCACUGUUUCUGUUGUUAUGACAAUUGUGCCUGGCCUUGGAUGCAAGGAUGUUUAUUUAGCAUACCUUCCCCUGGCCCAUAUUCUUGAAUUAGCAGCAGAGAAUGUCAUUGCUGCUGUUGGAAGUUCUAUUGGAUAUGGAUCCCCUUUGACUCUCACUGAUACUUCGAAUAAGAUAAAGAAGGGGACAAAGGGGGAUGCCUCUAUGUUAAGGCCCACAUUAAUGACAGCAGUCCCAGCAAUUCUUGAUCGUAUUCGACAGACUGUGCGUAAGAAGGUGGAUGGAUCAGAAAAGCUUCUAAGGAACUUUCUAGUGUUUAGAAGGUUCAGGCAAUUUUUGGGUGGUCAUAUCCGUUUUGUAUUGUGUGGAGGCGCUCCUCUUUCUGAUGACACUCAAAGAUUCAUCAACGUUUGUCUUGGAGUCCCAAAUAAAGUCGACGAUGAUGAUGAAAAGGAAGACAAAGACAAAGGGCAUGCUGCUGCUCCAAUAGGUCAAGGGUAUGGUCUCACUGAGACUUGUGCCGGUGGGACGUUUUCUGAAUACGAUGAUACAUCUGUUGGUUGUGUUGGUGCUCCACUUCCUUGCUCAUUUAUUAAGUUGAUAGAUUGGCCUGGGGGUGGGUACUUAACAAGUGAUUCUCCAAUGCCUCGGGGAGAAGUAGUUGUUGGUGGGCCGAAUGUUACUGUUGGAUAUUUCGAAAACGAAGAGAAAGCAAAGGAAGCAUACAGGGUUGAUGAGACAGGAAUGAGAUGGUUCCACACGGGUGACAUUGGGCGGUUUCAUGCCAAUGGCUGCCUUGAGAUAAUCGAUCGGAAAAAGGACAUAGUUAAACUUCAGCAUGGAGAAUAUGUCUCUCUAGGGAAGGUUGAGACUGCCCUCAUUGUUAGUCCCUAUGUUGACAAUAUUAUGCUGCAUGCUGAUCCUUUUCGUAGUUGCUCUGUGGCUCUCAUGGUGGCUUCACAGCCUAUGAUGGAAGACUGGGCUUCAAAGCAAGAAAUCAAAUAUGCCUAA